AUGGCAUCGUCACCGGCAGACCCUCCCUCGCGAGGGAGCAGCACAUCCAGUCCCCUCCCCCUUCACGACGGUGGCUUCCGCUCCCUCCUCAACUUCCGCGAUGUUGGCGCCACUAUCAAUGGCCAGCUGUCCCGUCGUCUCAUCCGCGAGGGCCUGCUCUUCCGCGCCGCACGCCCUGACGAAGCCACCCUCGCUGACCGUGCCCGCCUGCGCUCCCACUACGGCAUCCGCACCGUCAUGGACCUUCGCACCAAGACUGAGCACAUCCAGGCCGCCAAGAAGCGCCAGCGCGAUGCAGCCGUCCCUGCUAUGCUGAAGACCAACGACGCCCUGGCAGGCCCCGUCAAGAUCGACGGCAUUGACUACCGCGAGAUUAAGAUCACCGGCGGCGGCUUCGAGAAGUUCAUGCUGAGCCAGCUGUGCUGGUCCAGCUUCCUCAAGCUCAUAGGUCUCUACAUCAUCGGCCUCCGCAUGCAGGCCAUCGCCGUCCUGGGCCGCGAGGUCAUGCAGCCUCGCGGCCUCCUCGGCCUCGGCUGUGACACCCUGGACGCCUCCGGCCCUGAGAUCACCGCCGGCCUGGCCUCCCUGCUUGAGCCUCAUGGCCUGCCCAUUUUGAUCCACUGUACUCAAGGCAAGGACCGCACCGGCAUCAUGGUCGUCCUCGUCCUGCUCAUCUGCGACGUGCCCGUCGACGCUAUCCAGUAUGACUACCACCUCUCGGACGAGAAGCUGCUGUCCGAGCAGGAGGACCGCCUGAGGGAGAUCCGGGAAAUGGGUCUUGGCGAUGACUUCGGCAAGACUGCCCCAGGGUUCGUGAGUGGGAUAGUGGACCACCUCAACUCAAAAUAUGGCGGCCUGGCUAAGUACCUGGACGGUAUCGGCUUCGGGGACGACAAAAGGGCGAGGUUGAGGGAGAAGUUGGCAUACUAG